CUGUGGUGCACACAGCCUGAUGGCUCCGGACCCCAGCGGCCGCCGCGGCCACUGCGGCCUGCUGCUGCUGCUUGCCUGCUGCCUCGCGCCCGCCCGGGCUGACCUGAUGUCCUGGCUGUGGCCCGGUAACGCUGCCGGGUCCACGGUCGCACCGGCCUCUACGCCCCCGGGCAGCUCACCUGUGCAGCCCACAGAGGACACCUCACCUGUGCGGCCCACAGAGGACACCUCACCUGUGCAGCCCACAGAGGACACCUCACCUGUGCGGCCCACAGAGGACACCACCACGCACGUGGCCCCCCAGGAUGACCCCACCCAGCAGUGGAAAGCCCUUGCCAGCCCUGAGCCGCCUCUGGAGAGGCCGGAGGUGGGCCAGGGCCAGGCCCCCGCUGUCCCCUCUGCGGCCUCCACUGCGAGCCCAGACACGAAGGAGGAGAACAUUGCCGGCGUCGGAGCCAAGAUCCUGAAUGUGGCUCUGGGCAUCCGGAGCUUCGUCCAGCUGUGGGACGACACCACCCCCACCAAGAGCUCUGCCACGGCGGGAACGCCAGGCCCCGAGAACCCCACGGACCCCCUCACCACCCCUGGGCCCUCCAGCGGCCCCCAGGACGACGGGACCACUCUCUGGCUGAGCACCGGGGCCCCGAGCUCUCCGGACACCCAGAGGACCGAGGCCGGCACCCUGCCUGCGCCCACCCAGCCGCCGCCCUCCCCGGACAGGCCCCGGGCCCUGCUCAGGGAGCCUGCGGUACCACCGCCAUCCCCAGGUAGACCUCCUCUGUCCUCCGCGCGGGCCGGGGCCCCUCCCCAGGGAAGCCAGCCGCCCCCGGGGUGGCCCCAGGAGCUGGACAGCGAGGGACUCUUGCCCGCGGCAGCCCGUCCUGGCCAGCAGCACCGACGCCCUGAUGACCGCACGCGCACGCCUCCUCCGCUUGCCCUGGUGACGGGCUCCCCGGGAGCGCACGCUGGCCCCUGGGCUCUCUCCUCUGACCCCUCUGCCAAGCUGUCUCACGCCGCACUCUUGGCUCUAAGUGGGGACAGGGGUGCUUGGGUUCCCCACGUGGCUAAUUCUGCGGGGCCUGGUGUCGCUGACAACUCCACACUGCUGGGGGCUGCUGGCCGCUGCCUGCCCCUACUGCCCUCCCUGGCUCUCUGUGGCCACCUGGGCAUCGGGCGCUUCUGGCUGCCCAACCACCUCCACCACGCGAGCGGCGAGGAGGUGCAGGCUGCGGUCCGGGCCUGGGGGGCGCUCCUCCAGACCCACUGCCACCGCUUCCUGGCCUGGUUCUUCUGCCUGCUGCUGGCCCCCGCCUGUGGCCCCGGCGCCCUGCUCGGCCUGCCGCCCUGCCGCCAGUUCUGCGAGGCCCUGGAGGACGCGUGCUGGAGCCGCCUGGACGGGCGCGGGCUGCCGUUCCCCUGCGCUUUGCUCCCGGCCCGUGAGGACGGGCGCUGCGUGUUCAUUGGGCCGCCUGCAGAGAGCCAGGUCAUGGAGGUGGGGCUGCAGCUGCUGCUCGGGGAGCCCCUGCCGGGGCAGGUGGCCCUGGUGCACGACCCCGACGUGGGGCCCGCCUACGAGUUCGGCGCGGACGUGGGUGGUGACGGCUGGGCGGCCCGCAGCCUCCUGCCCAGCACGUUCUUCCGCCACUUCUCCCUGCUGGUGCGCGUGCGGCCGGCGUCGGCGCGCGCGGGCGUGCUCUUCGCGGUCACGGACGCGGCGCAGGCGGUGGUCUUGGUGGGCGUGAAGCUGGCGGCGGCGCGCGGGGCGUGGCAGCAGGUGCAGCUGCUCUACACCGAGCCCGGUGCCGCCCGCACACACACGGCCGCCAGCUUCGCGCUGCCCGCGCUGGACGGUCGCUGGACGCGCCUGGCCCUCACCGUGGACGGCACGCACGCCGCGCUGUUCGUGGACUGCAAGGAGGUCCAGCGCCAGCCCCUGGCGCGCUCCCCACGCGGCCUGCAGCUGGAGCCCGACGCCCGCCUCUUCGUGGCCCAGGCCGGCCGAGCAGACCCCGACAAGUUCCAGGGCCUGAUCUCAGAUCUGAGGCUGCGUGAGGACCCCCAGGUGAGCCCCCUGCAUUGCCUGGAUGAGGACGAGGAAGACGAUGACGAUAGGGCGUCAGGAGACUUGGGCAGCGGGCUUGCGGAGACCUGGGAGCAUAUCGGGGAGGAGUUGGGUGCACCCCUGGGACCCCGGCUCCCCGAGGCUCCUCCAGUCACUUCUCCACCCUUGGCUGGAGUGGGCAACCAGGAAGAUUUCAGAACUGAGGAGACUGAGGAGGAGACCACGGAGUCUUCGUUAGGAGCUCGGACCCUCCCCAGCUUGAGCACAGUCGCCACGUGGGACGGGAGCGAGUGGAGCCCUGGGCGCGGCCUGAAGGAGGGAGGCCUGAAGGGGCAGAAAGGAGAACCAGGCGCUCAGGGCCUCCCUGGCCCCGUCGGUCCCGAGGGUCCCGCAGGCCCGGCCGUGCAGAGCCCCGAUGCACAGCCCGUUCCCGGGCCGCAGGGACCCCCGGGGCCCCCGGGGAAGGAUGGCGCCCCCGGAAGGGACGGCGAGCCCGGUGAUCCUGGCGAAGAUGGGAAACCUGGGGACACCGGGCCGCAGGGCUUCCCAGGAACCCCGGGAGACGUGGGCCCCAAGGGCGAGAAGGGGGAUCCUGGGGUCGGGCCGAGGGGACCCCCAGGACCCCAAGGGCCUCCGGGGCCACCCGGACCCUCCUUCAGACGUGACAGGCUGACCUUCAUCGACAUGGAGGGGUCCGGGUUUGGUGGCGACCUGGAGAGCCUCCGCGGCCCUCGAGGCGUCCCCGGCCCCCCUGGGCCCCCUGGCGUCCCAGGCCUGCCCGGAGAGCCAGGCCGCUUCGGGAUGAACAGCUCGGACGUCCCCGGACCCGCAGGCCUUCCCGGAGUGCCUGGGCGGGAUGGGCCCCCCGGGCUUCCUGGGCCCCCAGGACCCCCAGGUCCUCCAGGAAAAGAUGGGCAACCAGGACAGACCGGCCAGAAAGGCAGCCUUGGCGAGGCGGGCGCCGCAGGACCCAAGGGAAGCAAGGGAGACCCCGGCCCCAUCGGCACGCCUGGGGAGCACGGCCUGGCAGGACGCCCCGGACCAGCAGGACCCGCAGGACCACCAGGGCCCCCGGGCCCCCCCGGGCCCCCAGGCCCCGGACUCGCUGCGGGGUUUGACGACAUGGAGGGCUCCGGGGGCCCCUUCUGGUCGGCAGCCCGAGGUGCCAGUGGGCCGCAGGGACCGCCUGGCCCGCCUGGAGUCAAGGGGGAUCCUGGAGUCAUGGGGCCACCAGGGACCAAGGGAGAGGUCGGGGCAGACGGAGCUCCUGGGGUCCCCGGCCUUCCUGGCAGGGAGGGUGCAGCCGGACUCCAGGGACCAAAAGGAGAAAAAGGGCCCCAGGGAGAGAAAGGCGACCCAGGGAAGGAUGGAGUGGGGCAACCAGGCCUCCCGGGACCCCCCGGACCCCCAGGGCCUGUCGUCUACGUGUCGGAGCAGGACAGGGCACUGGCGAGCGUGCCGGGCCCCGAGGGCCGGGCGGGGCUCGCAGGCCUCCCCGGACCAGCCGGGCCGAAGGGAGACCUGGGCUCCAGAGGCCAGCAGGGCCUCCCGGGACCCAAGGGCGAGAAGGGUGAGCCGGGCAUGGUCUUCAGCCCUGACGGCAGAGCGCUGACCUCCACCCAGAAAGGAGCCAAGGGUGAGCCUGGCUUCCGAGGACCCCCGGGUCCCUACGGGCGGCCCGGGCACAAGGGAGAGAUUGGCUUCCCUGGACGGCCGGGGCGCCCCGGGAUGAACGGACUGAAAGGGGAGAAGGGGGAGCCGGGAGAUGCCAGCGUGGGAUUCAGCGCGAGGGGUCCACCCGGCCCACCUGGGCCCCCAGGGCCCCCGGGCCCUCCCGGGACUCCGGUCUAUGACAGCAACGCGUUUGUGGAGUCUGGCCGCCCUGGACCCCCGGGAUUGCCAGGGCACCAGGGGCCUUCUGGACCGAAGGGUGACAAAGGAGAAGUGGGCCCACCCGGGCCACCAGGGCAGUUCCCGUUCGACCUCCUGCACCUGGGCGCUGAGAUGAAGGGGGAGAAGGGCGACCAAGGGGCCGCCGGGCAGAAAGGAGAAAGGGGCGAGCCGGGGGGCGGCGGGUUCUUCAGCUCCAGCGUGCCUGGCCCCCCCGGCCCACCAGGCUACCCUGGGAUUCCGGGGCCCAAGGGAGAGAGCAUCCAGGGCCAGCCUGGCCCUCCUGGACCUCAGGGACCCCCUGGCAUCGGCUACGAGGGACACCAGGGGCCUCCUGGGCCCCCCGGACCUCCAGGGCCCCCGGGACCCCCAUCCUUUCCUGGCCCUUACAGGCAGACUAUCAGUGUUCCUGGCCCCCCAGGCCCACCUGGGCCCCCAGGACCACCCGGAUCCAUGGGCACCUCCUCAGGGCAGGUGAGGGUCUGGGCCACGUACCAGACCCUGCUGGACCAGGUGCCCGAAGUGCCAGAGGGCUGGCUCGUCUAUGUGGCCGACAGGGAGGAGCUGUACGUCCGGGUCCGGAAUGGGUUCCGGAAGGUUCUGCUGGAGGCCCGCACGCCCCUCCCCCGCGGGACGGACAACGAGGUGGCCGCUUUGCAGCCCCACGUGGUGCAGCUGCACGAGGGCAACCCGUACCCCCGCCGGGAGCCCCCGCCCCCCACAGCGCGGUCCUGGCGGGCUGACGACAUCCUGGCCGGCCCCCCGCGCUUGACACACGCCCAGCCCUACCCCGGGGCCCCGCACCCCGGCGCCUACGCGCACCUCCGGCCGGCAACCCCCACGGCCUCACCCGCCCACACUCACCACGACUUCCAGCCGGUGCUCCACCUGGUGGCGCUCAACAGCCCGCAGUCGGGAGGCCUUCGCGGCAUCCGCGGCGCCGACUUCCAGUGCUUCCAGCAGGCGCGCGCCGCGGGGCUGGCGGGCACCUUCCGCGCCUUCCUCUCCUCGCGGCUGCAGGACCUCUACAGCAUCGUGCGCCGCGCAGACCGCGCCGCCCUGCCCAUCGUCAACCUCAGAGAUGAGGUGCUGUCUCCCAGCUGGGAGGCCUUGUUCUCGGGCUCCGAGGGCCAGCUGAAGCCCGGUGCCCGCAUCUUCUCUUUCGACGGCAGAGACGUCCUACAGCACCCCGCCUGGCCCCAGAAGAGCUUGUGGCACGGCUCGGACCCCAGUGGGCGCCGGCUGACGGAGAGCUACUGCGAGACGUGGCGGACUGAGGCCAGGGCGGCCACGGGCCAGGCCUCCUCGCUGCUGGCGGGCCGGCUGCUGGAGCAGAAGACGGCGGGCUGCUACAACGCCUUCAUCGUCCUCUGCAUUGAGAACAGCUUCAUGACCUCCUCCUCCAAGUAGGGCCUCUGCUGGCUCCAUGGACAGAUGGACGCACGGACAGAGGGCCGGAGAAGAGCCAGGCGGUGGGCAGGGGAGCGGAUGCGCCGCUGGCCCGGGCAGGGAGCCUCUGCUGGCGCCCGGGGCGGGGACCUGGCUGGGACACUUUCCUGUACGGUUCACGUUUCAUGUAAUCCUCCAGAAAUAAAAAGAAACCAAAGAGUGUAUUUUUUAAAAAGCUUAA